AUGAGCCAGAAAGUCGUCCUCAUCACCGGCUGCUCGUCCGGCAUCGGACUGGCCAUCGCCGUCCUUCUGGCCAAAGACGAGAAGAAGAGGUUUAUGGUCUACGCCACCAUGAGAAACCUGGCUAAACAGGAGCCUCUAGUGGAGGCAGCGGGACGCACUCUGGGCCAGACCCUGGAGAUCAGACAGCUGGACGUGUGUGAUGAGAAAUCAAUCAAAGACUGUGUGGACGGCCUACCUGACCGCAGAGUGGACAUCCUCAUCAGUAAUGCAGGAUUGGGCUUGGUCGGCCCCAUCGAGUGCCAGACCAUCGAGCAGAUGAAGACCAUCAUGGACACAAAUUUCUUCGGUCUUGUGCGCCUCCUGAAGGAGAUCCUGCCAGACAUGAAGAGACGGAAGAGUGGCCAUAUCGUGGUUAUCAGCAGUGUAAUGGGGAUUCAAGGUAUAUUGUUCAACGACAUCUACGCUGCUUCUAAGUUUGCCGUCGAGGGGUUCUGUGAAAGUCUGGCAGUGCAAGCUCUGAGAUUCAAACUGAACAUAAGUCUCAUCGAACCAGGACCAGUCGUCACAGAGUUUGAGCGUAAAGUGUACGAAGAGGGCAUGAAGACUGACCUCUCGAAAGCAGACCAAGUGACUGCAGACAUAUUCAUCAACAUCUACAUGAGGCACUGGAUCCAGAUAUUUGAAAGCCUCGGGCAGUCGCCAGAGGUCAUUGCAGAGCAUACGCUCAAAAUCAUCACGAUGGACAACCCACCCUUCCGCCAUCAGACCAACACUCUGUACACUCCAUUGACCACCCUGAAGUACGCUGACCCCACCGGUGACCUGCCCAUUGACACCUUCUACAAGGCUGUGUUUGAGCACGAUAAGGUCUUCAGUGCCAGCCUCAACUUCCUCAAGCUCCUUCGCUGGAGAAGCCGCAAGAGCUUCAGUCUAGACAAAGACAAGUCUUAA